UCACACACACAUCCACUUCCGGACACGGCUGUGCCAGUCAAACCCUCUGCCCUGAGUUUUAUAAUCAGCAUGCGCAGAUCUACCACCACUGACAACGCUAAAGGACUAAACAGCGCGACGCUCGCAAAACUUAAUUCAACUUUUAUUCCCAGGAGAGGUUUGUUCGCAGCUCUCACGGGAGGAUUUCACAAUCUCUGCCCGGUUUGAAUGACAAAGGCGAUCCCGUGGGACAAUUACACGCCUCAACAAAAUGGAUAAAGAGACGGGACUCCGUCCAGCGAUUUUGAUUAUUGCUCUUGUGUUGGUCUGUGAGGGCCGUGUGGUGAAGGUUCCAGUUGGUCCUCUGGUACAUGUAGAGGGGCAAGCUGUCUCCAUUCGCUGUGAUGUGUCUGACUACCAGGGACCCCGAGAUCAGGAAUUUGAGUGGUCUUUCAUCCUUCCAGAGGAUACACUCUUGAUCAUCUCCACCUUUGACAGUAAUAUCGUGGACAAGUCAGUGAAGGACCGGGUUAACAGUGGUGACAUCAGUUAUAAUAAACUGGGAGAUGCUGCUGUUGAACUCAAAUUCAAGAAGGUCAGAGUGACCGACAGUGGCCUGUAUCGCUGCAGUACCCCGAGCACUGAUUCAGUCGUCAGCGGGAACUACUACGCCGAUGUGGAGCUCAAAGUGAUUGGGGACAGUCUGAAGGUGGCUCCAGUCAUUCCCAAGUCAACGGUGUCUGAGGGAGAAUCAGUGGAACUCCAAUGCAACACGACAAAGGGCUUCACAGAGCACACCUUCCUCUCUGUUAUCUGGUCGAUCAGGAAAGGGAGCAGCCCGCUGGAGGAAAUCUUGACAUUUGGGCCGGAUAAUAAGAUCAAAGUAGGAGGCAACUACAGUCAGCGUUACACAGAUGGUGGACUUCAGUUGGACCUUCGUGGAGGUGGUUUUUAUGGAUUGGUCCUGAAGAAAGCAAAGCCGUCAGACCAAGGGGAGUAUGUGUGUACAGCCCAGGAGUGGGUGAGACAGGGUGAAGAAGGAAGAAACUGGCGUAAGAUUCUGGAGAAGUCUGAGGAUAUGGGAAAGGUUGUUGUUACACUCACAGAACUGCAAUUCAAGGUGACCCUUACAGCGUCUCUGAACCCUCAGUCCACCAGUGAGCCCACUGAACUGCGCUGUGAGGUGGUCGACCUACUUCACCUCCAAGAUGGCCGCCUGGGCGUGACCUGGUCCUACUCCACAAACACACCUGGAGAUGUGUCUCAGAAGAAAACCACUAUAGCCUCUGUGAAUGAGCAAGGAGUUCUGAUGGCAAGCAUUGAGUACCAGCAGAGGCUGGACAGUGGGGACAUAGCAGUGACCAGGAGAGAGUCUAAUGUCUUCACUCUGCGAAUGCUUCAGACUCGAGAUGCAGACAUGGGCUCUUAUUCCUGUGCUGUAACAGCAUGGAAGCCCACUCAGCGAAGUGGAUGGGAAAAAGCAAAGGAGGUCCAGUCAGCACCUGUCACUGUUCAAUGGACACCAAAGAUACCAGUUUUGAAAGUUGUAGCCCAUCGUGUGAGAGAAGCCUCGACUGGUGGAUCCACAUUUGAGAUGAGCUGUGAGGUGACUGGACAGAACCUGAAGAAUCCUGGCUACUCUGUGCUCAUCCGCUUUGAGGAGACCUUGGGAGGCACGUCCCGUAAGGUGUUGUCUCUUAGCCAGGACUCAGUCAUGCAGCUCGAGGAGUGGAGCGAGCCGAGCCGCAUUGACAACGUGGUUCUGGAGAAGACUGGGCAGCUCGAGUACCGCUUCCGUUUGUAUGGGGCCCAGGUCACAGAUCGGGGGUUUUAUUAUUGCGACGUCACGGCCUGGACACGGGAUCAGACCCAAGACUGGAUCAAAGCCAUCAGUGCAGUGUCCAACAAGACUGAGAUCGCUUUUGAACACACAGGUCCAGUUUUCAACAUAUCCCUUCAUUCGGAAGCAAACAAUGUGUUACCGGGGGACAAAGUUCACAUGAAGUGUGUCAUAUCCAUCCUGGACACUUCUCAUAACACUGGUGAGAUGAUGUUUGAAGUGCGCUGGUUCCAGAAAACAGCCUGGGCUGUAGAUAACGGAGUCCAACCUCUCAUCAGUAUGGACCGCUGGGGAGUGGUAAAGAAAACCGGCUCCAAUGACACCAGUCUGGAGCGCAUCGACCAGAACACGUUUAUCCUCAGCUUGCACAAGAUUCAGGAUCGAGAUGUGGGAGAAUACUACUGCUCUGCCACACCCUGGCUCCUGUCCCGUGCUACUGGAGCCUGGAACAAAGAGAAGGACCUCACCUCCACUUCAUCAUUUCUAUCCAUCAAACUAGAAUUGUGGGAAUCUUUGAAGAUGCCGGUGGGAUAUGGUUUGACUGCUGCUGUGAUCGCUGGUAUUCUCUCAGUGCUGCUGGGUCUUGCUGUCGCCCACUGCUGUUUCUCCAGGAACCCCAUGCACGUACCCCGUCCCCGCAAAAAUCUUGUGGACCUGGAGAUGGAUUAAACAAGUCCCCCUUUGCACCACUGUGACCCUGCCCAAAUCUACUUCAACCGACUUCAUAUAUUAUGCUUUGGGACACAAUGUGGAUAUGCACAUUGCUUAACGAGAGAUGAAGAACCUGUUUAUAUGCACUCUGAGGAUUGAGCCACUCUAGUUGAGUGCUCCAUAUUCCUCCUUGGGAGCAAUACACUUAUUAUUCUCAGGAAUAGAGCACUGAUGGCCCAAUCCAAAAAAAUUUUUUUCCUCUACACAUCCUGACUGCUGAUAGGAUGAGAGCACUAGGAAUUAAAUAUUUUCUUUAGUACAAACUUGAGACUGCACAAUGGCCAAACCAGCAAUGGUACACUUUUUAUACAUUUGAUGAUAAUUAUUUUAUAGCAAUUAAUCGGAAGGACUCUUAUGAAAGAGCCAAGAACCUGUCAGUUAUGACUGUGACAGAAACUCCAGUUUUAGACUCACCUUUUAAACCAUUGCCGUCCCAUAGGCUUUUUUUGUCACAUUGUCUCCAGACGUCUGUUGCCCCCCCCCCCCCCCCCCCCCCCAUCCCCGCCUGCCUGUCAGAGUUAUGCCAACAACAGUGGGGAACCUAAAAUGAGUGAACUUUUCUCUCUGUGGUAAAGCAUAAUGUUGAUCCACAGGCUAAAGGAAAAGUUUGAUGGAUGGGUUCAAGGCUGCACUGCAUUAUUCUGGGCUCCAGAAGUGACCACUAGAGGGAACAGACCUAACAGGCUAUCAGUCUGUGGCUUGGCUGUGAGCAGCCUACCUUAAAGAUUUCUUGUCUGGUUAGAGGAAUUUCAAAGGCCCUGAUAACUGAUAUCCACACUGUAUUAACUCAUUCCUCACUUGCUCUUUCCUGCCCAAAAACAGUGAGGAAUGCCAAUAUCCAUCUCAGUUUCCUGAACUUGCAUUUUCUUCUUCUUCUCGUCAGAAUGCACUCAUUAUGCCGAUAUUGACAGAACUGACCAGCUCUGACAUGAUUGUAGUAGAUCCUUUAGUACAAAUGCUCUUUAUUCACAAUGUGGGCAGAUAAGUGUUUUCUGAGAAAGGAAGCAGUUGGUGUGUGCGAGAGGUGGUGUCACUCAGAGUGAGAGAGCUAUACAGAGCCACAUUUAUAGACAGAUUUCAAAAAGAAUUUCAUGUUUUACUUUAGUUAAUUUUUGUAUAUUAAUAACUGGAUGUUUUUCUUUUUAAAAUUUUUUGUUAUUUUAUUUUUUAGCUGUGUGAAAUUUUAUGUGCUUUUACCAUCUCUCUAUUUUUUUUGUAUUUUUUUUUUUUUUUUAAGAGGCAAUGUAUAUAUUUGUUUUGUUAUUCAAUGACUGACUCACUCUAGUUCUUAAUGGCAAACAAACAAAAAAUAUAUUUCUCAAUAAAUAAAUAAAAAAGUAUAACAUUGUUGACUUGAGAUUUCGGUUUAUCCCAAAUCUGACGAGAAUCCCUGGGAAAUGCUUGUCUUUUUUUUAUUAUUAUUAUUAUUAAACUUAUAUAUUAUUUAACUUUUUAAAAAGAUAAAAUAGAAAUUUCAAUAUUAACCUUGUUUUUUAUUAUUAUUAUUAUUAUUAUUAACCAUUUUAAUUCAGAAUAUUUUAAUACACAUAUAAUAUACUAAUGAGUUCUUAAGUACUGAAUUCUCCUGGGUGAGAAAAAUUGCUUUAAGUGAUAGCUUGAUCAAAAAUGAAAGUUGGUCAUUUAUUUACUUUCUUGUCAUUUCAAACCUCUGUCUUUCUUCUGGAAAACACAAAUGGAAAUGUUUUGAAAAGUCCUCAUGGAGUUCUUUUAGUCCUUUUUUUUUUUUUUUUUUUUUUAUAUAGUCCAUAUAAUUUUCGUUCUGAAAUUGUAAGUUAUACACAUAAUCUUCCCCUUUCAUCUGGUCUGUUUGAAGAGAAUGUUUCUUAUAGGCGCUAUUAGCUGUGACUCAUAGCCUAUGAGGUUCAUCUUCUGAAGACUAUUAGAAUAGUGGAAGAUCAUUGUUUAUAUACAGACAACUUUGAACUUUGAAGUUCUCUCAUGCAACUAUUUAUUAAUGCUGUAUUUUUCUGUCUUUGUCAAUUACACAAAUACUGAUAUUUGAAACUUUAAUUUGUAAAGUGUUUGAUUUAAGCUUUAUUUCCUAUGUUUCCUCUGUUAAGUUUUGUUCAGAAGAUAUUGAGUAGGGCCCAUUGUUGAAAUCUAAAUUGUCCUAGAGAUUUUCUUUUUAUAUUUGUUCUACCUCCUGUCCUCUAAAGCAUUAAUGUUCGAUACUAAAUUACUUCAUUGUAUCUCACUCGACAGCUCCCAACAUUGGAUUUCCUGUCUGCUUUUGUGAAUGCUUAUGAAGGUUCGUAGUCAUCUUUUUUGUGUGAUGUCAGGCAAAAUUUAUUUCUAGAGCAUCUGAACUAAUUCUUAACACAUUUUUAAACUCCCAAAAGUCAAAUAAACAGUCUUGACUUGAGAGGUCUUGACCGUUGGCACUGA